UCCAAUCAGUCUGCAUUCGCAUGUCCACGAGGUUGCUCGCACGGUUGCCUCUGCCAGGCACCCUCUCCCACUCUGCUUCGCCCGCUCGUACCCCUUAAGCCCCUGUCUGUCACUUUCUGUCACGCUAUCUCUCUCUUUCCCCCUCUCUCGCUUUUCCCAACUGUCUCUCUCUCUCUUUCUCUUUCAUUCACCUGACUCUUUACGCGAGCAGUACGUUACACGAACAGCUCGCACAGGGUUGAUACCAAUCGUCAGUCGAGAUAUUGGUUGUGGACACUGCAGAUGCGGUUGAGGUUAGGUCGAUGGAUCUGUCGAUCAGUGGCGGGACGCGCGACACGGCGUGCUAUUUAAAUUUUUGAACGCAUCUACUGUAUCACGCGACCUCCGCGGUUAUUACAUGCCGAUUCGCACACGCGUAAACACUGUCGUACGAUCGCGAGACUGUCACUCUCGAAAGAACGGAUCGUCGUUGUCCACCUGUCAGCAGACGACCGCGCGGUUUUGCGAUCCGUCGGUCCGCGUAUACAGCACUCGUUGCGCGCGCCUGCACAGUUAGGUGGAGGCGACGUUGAACCGACGCGCGUUUUUCGAAACACAGCGGGAAGAGAAAUGAUGUGCCGCGAGUUCUCGCCGCCGUCAUCGUUGUUGUUAGUAGCACCGAAGUUGUCACGGAUGGUGAAAACGCGCAGCGACGGAGAUCAACACCAGCACCUGUGAAGUUCUGUGAAUGUUCUCGGACAACCGCGUGCCGCGGCUAGCCGCGCACCAAUUUCUCAGUGCACAAGACCAAAACAUGGAUAAUUCUGCAUAUGUACCGCCAAAUCAUCUACCGCCGCCAUCUCUGGUUGUAUUCUCGCAGGCCGGAGGGCUGCCUGAGGCCCUGAGAAUGCAAAGACCCUUCAAUCCACAAGUGACGGAUUCGAAGGACCUGCAGGUGCCUUUCAGCACGGCGGCGUCGCUGGGCUACGCUGGGCUGCAUCAUAUGUUGCAUCUGCCGCCGCAAUUUCUGCACCCGCUCGAUCAUAGGCUGCCCUUCGGUGGCUUUCGGCCCCUGGUGUCAUCCGCGUUCGCGCCUCCCAGCAAGUGUCUCAAGGUCGAGACCGGGAACGGCGGUCUGCCCGGGAUCGGCUCCCUUUCGAGCAUGUCGAAUAUGUUCUCGCCCACGUCCCUACCGGGCGCAGGUGGUAGCGCAGUGGUGUCCGCUUCCGGUGCAGCGGCCGCUGCCGUCGCCGGUCAGGAAGUCGGUGGGCCGCAAAGUCCGGUCGGUUCCGCGAGCCGCUCGCCCUCUGGUACUGCCGGCACCGGUUCGGUGCCGAACCGCGGGGCGACUACCGACGAGGAAGAUCGCGAGGCCAAUGUUACGCCCGGUUCCGAGAACACGGAGCGAUCUACUCCGGAGGAAGGACGACCGUACAGACGCAAGAAAAAAUUUCCUUCGGAUCCACCUUGUUGCCCUGUGUGUGGGGUAACAGUCAGGCCGCAAGAAUUAGAGCAACAUUUUGCGCAAGAGGUUGAUCGGCUUCACAAGAUCUCCUCGACGCUCUCACGACCUCGACCUCCGAGAUCGACCUUGCCGCAGACGCAUCCCCAAGAUCUACCCCAUGGCCCGAUGCUACACACGCCAUCGGCAGCAGACGGCACACCGCAAGGCAGAUGGGAGACGUAUAAAAGAGUCAAGGCUAACAGACAGGCCAGAAUACGCGUUAAAAAUCGGAAGCGAAAAGCAGACGAGGCGUCCUGUCCAGUUUGCAGCGAGAGACUGUCGGGCACUCCGGAAGAGUGGAAUCAGCAUGUUGACCGUUGCCUGAACAAGCAGAACAACGGCAAUCCGACCGGGCAGAACGCGAAUCUUGACGAAGAAGAGGUCGACGUCGAAGGUGAUGCCGAGACCUUCGAGGAGUAUGAAUGGGCCGGCCAGAGACGAGUGCGCGCCACUUCCUUGCUCGUCGGCGGAUUCUCCGUCACCGCAUUAAUAGCUCGGCGGUCCUUCUGCUUUGCAGCCGCGGGUCUCGCCACCUCGUCGAGCAAUCGCCCCGGUGGCGAAGGCGGCAACCAGGAGGACGAGGACGUGGACUUGGUAGUCGACGGCGACGACGCUACCGAGUUCGGACCGGCCCAAUAUUCGGAAGCGGAUGUGGUCGCGCCGCGGAUCGACGGUACGCCACGCGAGCAAAAGGAACGGGAUGCUCUUCGCGAGGCCGUCAUUUCGCCGAACGCGCCGCACACACCACAGCAAUUAACUCCGGACUCCGGACUGUCGGCGCAGGGCCUGGUCGAAGUAAAGCCGGAGCCAGGCGCCGCGACGCCCGUCAGCCAGCAAAACGAUCCUGACGAGGGUGUCUCAGCGUCGCCCAAGAGAGAAACUCCGGUCGUGGAGGCUCUUCGCGGCCGUAUCCGAGAGCUCGAAGCCGAAAUGCGCAGCCAAGCCUUCAAAUGCCUCAUUUGUAUGGAACAAUACAAAAAACCAGUCACUUCAGUCUGCUGUUGGCAUGUACAUUGUGAACAGUGCUGGCUACACACUCUGGGCGCGAAGAAACUCUGUCCUCAAUGCAACAUGAUAACGUCGCCGUCCGAUUUGCGGCGCAUCUACAUGUGAAGGAGCCGGUUCUGGUGUCUUUCAGGAUCCGCGACCAAGUGAAAUCUGGGAUCGGCCGUGCAACGAGCAAUUAUUAUCAACGAGCGUUUCACGCUCCCUGUAAAUAUUUGUAUAUGUUUCCGCGUUACAUAAAUUAACACUUCCCAGAAUUAACACGUGUUUAAUGUAUGUUAGUGAUAGUAAAUUGGACUUUGAUAGUUAUCGACUUACCAAUUAAGUGUCGCCCUUCAGGACCAUUCGACGCAGUUUUCGGCGCGAUCACUACGUAGAUUGUGACCGUAUUCGUUAAAAAAAAAAACAAAAAAAACAAAAAAAAAAACAAAAAAAACAAACCGUCCUUUCUCGAAGAACGAUGAGGUUUGCUAUUUUACGCUUUAUUUACAUGUGUUUAUUUUUUUCUUUUUUUUAAGUUAUUGAUAUUACAAACUACAAACGACUAUGUUUUUUGUGUAAAAAUACUGAGUUUUAUUUAUUAAUUUGUUCUCGGCAAUUUUCUUUGUAUUGCUGGCAAAUAUUAUGGUGGCAUUUAAUGCGUACGUUCUGAUUUGAGGAGAAACUUUUUUAUUUUGAGAAUUUUUUUUAUAUUUUAAUAAUUAUUUUGAUAUUAAUGGAUUUUUCAAUUACAAGAACGCUUAAAACAGGUUAUUAUUUUUUAAAAGCGUCAAAUAUAAUUAUUAACAUAUAAUAUAAUUAUUAUCUUGUACUAUAAACUUUUCAGACUGAAGUAUAUACAUAUACAUACAUAUAUAUAUAUAUAUAUAUAUAUAUAUUUAUGUAUGUAUAUAUAUGUAAAAGCGAAUCAUCGUUUGUUAAACAUGCGACAAAACUUGCGAUACACAAGCGAUAUCUAUUCUUAUCAACAAAACUCUUGUUGUACAAUCUCCACAGUAUCUACGUUUCACAAAUAAAGUUAAAGAUUCUUAAGCGAAAGGAUAAUAUAAAAAAAAGUAAGCUAAUUGCUGUUGACCUCACAUUGCAUUUCCUCUUUUUUGAUCGAAAUAAUUUGCAGUUACAUGAUUGUGAUAGAUUUCCUUGAAAGGUUUUGUUUUUCUAAAUGAUCCGUUCUUCCUCUUCUUUUUUGUCUGUUUUGACGACAUGUUGCCAAAAUUUUGAAUCGCAGUUUCCGUGUUGAAAACAAUCGAUAUUCUUUCGCGACGAGAUAAGAAAAUCAAGAAUUUAUCAAUGUUCCGAACCAGUCAAUUUUCGCGCUACACACCAGAAAGUUAAUGUUAAUGUAACUACACAUCAUAAAAAUACGGAUCAAGAAAAAAAAUAAAUCCCUCGAUCGCUG